AUGGCCGUGUGCCAUUGGACGAAGCAGGCAAAUCGAAAGCCGAUGGACGUUGGAUUGUGGGAUCGAAGAUAUUCUAAGCAAGGUUUUGCAUAUGGAAGAGACCCCAACGAGUUCCUGCUUGAGGUGGCGGACUUGAUGCCGACCAGCGGCAAAGCGCUGUCGCUGGGUGAGGGGGAGGGGCGAAAUGCAACGUUUCUCACAAAACGUGGUUUGACAUGUACGGCCGUUGACAUCUCCAAAGUUGGGCUGUCGAAGGCUCGGCGGCUUGCCGAAGAGCAAGGUAUCAAGAUCAAAACCGUGGCUGCUGAUCUUGCCAAUUUCGAUUUUGGGGUAGAUAGUUGGGACCUCAUCAUCUCCAUUUUUUGCCAUUUUCCAGCGGAUGUGCGCUGGCAGGUCCAUAGGUCAGCUGCAAAGUCUUUGCGACCAGGAGGCAUUGUUGUGGUGGAAGCAUUCACCCCCGAGCAGCUCAAGUACAACACAGGAGGACCUCCAGAUUUGGAGCGUUUGGUCACUCCCAAGAUGCUACAAGAGGAUUUUGAGGGUCUGGAGGUGCUUCGUUGCGAGCAGAAAGAGCGCGCUGUGGUAGAGGGGACGUAUCAUACAGGCCUUAGUUCUGUUGUACAGUUUGUGGGUCGAAAGAGCCUUUCAACGAAGGAAUGGAAGCUGGACAAAGUGUCGCAAUACCAGAUGCGUAUUGACCAGGCAAUCUCGGACAUGCAGGACGCCGGUGGCUCCUUCAUCUCCAACAUUUUUCCAGCUCCAAAGGAUCCCUUUCUUUCUGUUGCUCGGCACGCUCUUGGGCACACGAUCCAGGCCAGCAAAGAAACAGGACAAUGCCGCUACUGUUGGCUUCUAGAGGAAGAUUGUGUGUGCGCUCAGAUGAGAGAGCAGGCUGCUUUGACAUGUGGGCCGGUGCAGUGGGCACUAUUGUGUCAUCCACUGGAAUUUAUGCGCUCCAGCAGUAGUGGAAAGCUUCUCGCCUCUGUGCUUGGGGGAGAGUUUCUUGUUUUCGGUGUGCAAGAACACGAGGACAUUCUUGACAAGGUCCUUUCCGACAGUGGGACGAGGCUUUUGCUUCCGGGUGAUGGCAGCAGGAGGUUGAAGGAUUGGUUGUCCGAAGAUCAAGUCAUUCCCUCAGAGAGUGUUGGCACUGGCAGCGGGAGCCCCAUUCUGACUUUGUUGGUCCUUGAUGGAUCUUGGGAUCAGGUGCGAGCUUUGGAGCGAGAGCUUGCAGAUAGAAGAAGCGCCAUGGGCCAAAGGGACCCUUUGCCUCGUAUCAGGCUAGAUGAUGCUGCAGUGGAGAGUUUUCACUCUCCGCUCAUUGAUGCUCUCAAGCCAGGGGCAGGUAAAGGUCGGCUGUCCACCUUCGAAGCUUGUGCUUUGUUCCUACGAGAAGCUGAGGAUUGCUUGUGCGUUCCACGUGGGACAUGGAAGGAAGCGUUGAAGGGGCUCGACCCUAUGGUUCGUGUUCUACAGAGGCAAUUGCAGCUUCCGCCUCCUCCUGGCGAAGCACUUGAGCUUGAAAUGCUGAUAGCUGCCUUGCGUGCAGUUGCUUGUACAGCACCAUUGCAAGAUGGCCUGCGACGCUGCAGUGUUUGUGGUGCUGCAUUCGCAACACCGCUGCGUAUGCGGGAUCAUCUUGGCGGCCGUCGACAUUGCACUGCUGUGGCCAUGCAAUUUUCCAGUGAGAAGGGUCUGAGUUCAUCGCCCAUUGACAGGGAAGAGGCCAGUAAGAUCUUUGAAUCCUACAGCACGGUGCCACUGUCCCGAUGUCGUCCUGAGCCACCUGAUGUGGCCCUUGUGAAGUUGAAGAACGAAGGGCUGCUGAACCGAGAGCAGCAGAGCGGGAAAAGAACUGGCAGGGAGUUGUGCCAGUUGCGCUUCUGCUUUGGUUGCCAGAGGUCUUGGUGUUUGGGGAUUACAGGAUCUUACAUCGGAUCUCAGGAAGGUUCUGGAAGGGAUCUGUUCUAG